AUGGAGACCCUGGAAGGAGCUGAACUCUGUUUUCCACACCUCCUUAACGCCUCCUGCAGGAGGCCGACACAUCCUCGCUCUGAAACCUACAUCCUGCUGUCCUCCAUCUCUGUGCUCACUGUGGCUCUCAAUCUGCUGGUCAUCAUCUCCAUCUCCCACUACAGGCAGCUGCACACCACCACCAACCUCCUCCUCCUCUCUCUGGCUGUCUCAGACCUCCUUGUGGGCCUCCUGAUGAUGCCGGUUGAAAUCGUCCUCACAGGGGCCUGCUGGCUCCUGGGUGACCUCCUGUGCACUCUGUAUUACGUUGUAGAAUUUAUCAUUACCUCUGCCUCAAUAGGAAACAUGGUUCUCAUAUCAGUCGACCGCUAUGUGGCUAUUUGUGACCCUCUGUGUUACCCCACCAAAGUCACUCCGAGGAGAGUUAAAAUCUGUGUUUGUCUCUGUUGGAUGUGCUCUGUUUUCUAUAGUAGUCUCCUUCUAAAUGACCAGCUGAUGAAACCAGGCAGGUACAAUGUCUGCUAUGGAGAGUGUGUGAUUGUCCUUAGCUACAUAGUAGGAUCUGUUGACCUUCUUUUUGGCUUUCUUCUUCCCAUCACUGUGCUCAUAGUUCUGUAUAUGAGAGUGUUUGUGGUGGCUGUGUCUCAGGCUCGUGCCAUGAGAUCCCACGUUGUGUCUGUCACUCUGCAGCCUUCAGGGACUGGAACUGCUAAGAAAUCGGAGAUGAAAGCAGCCAGGACUCUUGGUGUUGUCAUAGCUGUGUUUCUUAUAUGUCUCUUUCCAUAUUAUUGUGCCUCUCUUGCGGGCCAUGACACCUUGAUCACUGCUUCAUCUUUGGCCUUUUACAUCUGGCUGUUCAAUUGUAAUUCCUGUUUAAACCCUGUGAUCUACGCCUUUUUCUACCCCUGGUUUAGAAAAACUAUCAAGCACAUAGUUACACUUCAGAUUCUGCAGCCUGACUCCUGUGAGGCCAACAUACUGUAG